GUGGAGCGGCGGUUGACUUGCAGGGACGGAGCUCGUGGCACUAUGGGCCGUGCGGCGGACUCGACGGGCCCUUCGGCCGCUUCCGAAUCGUCAGGCUGGCGUGGGGCCGGGUGCCUGUUAGCACCGGGGGGCAGGGAGCUGGGAGGGGCCUGGCCCUGUUUUCGAGCAGAUCGGCUUGCGCUUCGAGGGCUCUCUGUUCUCCCCCACCCCUAACCCUUUCCCCUUCCCCUUCCCCUGCUGCAGCCCCAGGGCUCAGUGAGGAUGGAGGCUGGGCUCGUGCGCCUCUGCUGCAUGUUGGCGUUGUGCACCCCCGCACACUGCCAGCGGCGGUGGCCCUCGCGGAGCGGCGGGGAGACCGCCGCGGCCCCCGUCACCGCGGCACUCGCCGCGCUUUCCGUCCCGGGGAGGCUGUGGACAGAGUCCGCCGCGGCGGCCGUGGCGCAGAGAGCACCGGCGGACAGGGUCGUGAAAUCCAGGGCCAGGAAAAGACCGCCGAAAGCGCGGAAGAACGAGUGGGGGUCCAGCGAGCAGCUGGACUUGCUGGAGCUCAUCGGAGUUCCGCUGCCUCCCUCCGUCUCCUUCACCGCGGGCUUCGAGGGCUUCCCCGCGUACAGCUUCGGGCCGGACGCCAACGUCGGACGGCUCACCAAGACCUUCGUGCCCGAUCCCUUUUACCGCGACUUCGCCGUCAUCGUGACGGCACGGCCGGCCAGCAGCAGGGGCGGAGUGCUGUUCGCCAUCGCCGAUGCCUUCCAGAAGAUGGUCUACCUAGGCGUGGCCCUGACGCCCGUGGAGGACUCAACGCAGAGGGUGCUCCUGUACUACAGCGAGCCGGGCUCCUCGCGCUCCCGCGAAGCGGCUUCCUUCAAGGUGCCCAAUCUGACAGGAAGGUGGAGUCGGUUCACGCUGACUGUGGAGGAGGGAGAGGUGCGACUCCACAUGGACUGCGAGGAGUUCCACGUUGCGGCUCUCCGGAGGGGCCCGCGGCCCCUGCGCUUCGAGAGCGCCUCGGGGAUCUUUGUGGGCAAUGCUGGGGGCACGGGCCUCGAGAGCUUUGUGGGCUCCAUCCAGCAGCUGCUCAUCAAACCAGACCCCAGAGCAGCAGACCAGCAGUGCGAGGACGACGACCCCUAUGCCUCCGGCGAUGGCAGUGGGGACGAUGACUUGGACGACCGGGACGCGGAGAAUGAGGAAGCGAAGCGAGGGAGGGAAAACGCCGUGUCACCGGUGGGCGGAGGGUCCGGCGGCCUCGGGACACGGUCAAAGGAGCCGCCGAUAUACCCGGAGGAUACCGCGAGCCCCCCGGUUCGAGCCCCUCCCACGGCGGUACCUGAGGGGGCGGGGCCAGAAGAGGACCCGGGUCACCCGUCCCCCGCUGAGGGACCCAUCGAGGACGUUGCUCUGACCACACAAGCCAAGGAGGAGGAAGUGGGGGAGAGGCUGGAGCCGGUCCCCCCCGGUCACGGUCAGAAGGGGGAGCGCGGUGAACCGGGCCCUCCAGGCCCUCCGGGAGCACGGGGACCGCCCGGCCCCUCCGGUCCCCCAGGAGAUGCCAGCACGAGGGUGGGCCAGCCAGGACCUGGGGGUCCCCCCGGACCUAUCGGGCCACCGGGAUCGCCGGGGACCCCGGGGAAGGACGGCCGGCCCGGAGUUGGGGGCGCGAAAGGAGGCCCGGGUCAAACUGGUCCUCCGGGUGUUCCAGGAGAAUCGGGAGCGAAAGGGGAGAAGGGCGACUCCGGAGUGGGCGUCCCCGGACCGCCGGGACCGCCGGGACCACCGGGACGGCCGGGCCCCUCCCUCCCAGACGGUCUUCCGGAUGGGAUGGAUGCGUACGGCUCCGGGUUCGGUGACAUCGACAGUGAAAAAGAGCCCCUCCGAGGUCCUCCUGGCCCCCCAGGAAAGCCUGGACCUCCUGGUCCCAGCAGUCCUGCAGUCUCUGCUGCCCCAGGUGCCCCAGGGAAGGAUGGGAAGGACGGAGUGAUGGGGAAACCUGGGCUGCCUGGCCCUGCUGGAGCUGUUGGCAAACCAGGACCUCCUGGAGACAGAGGAGAAAAGGGUGACCAGGGUAUAACUGGCCCACCUGGACUAAAGGGAGAUCCAGGUGCACCAGGGGUGGCCGGUCCUCCCGGACCGAUCGGACCCGAAGGACCGAGGGGUCCGCCCGGCCCCCGGGGGCCCCCGGGACCUCCGGGACCCCCGGGCCAUUCCGUAACCUUUGACCUUGAGGAAACGGAGGGCUCUGGAAAACUAGCGCUCCUCGAAGAGCGUAGAGGCCCUCCUGCCGCUUUGCCAUCAGUUCUCAGCAGCUUUCUUUCACUGCCCAGCUCAGCUGAUAGUAGAACGCUUGCUCAGGAAUUUCCGCAAACUCCCUAUCGGCGGAGCCGCGGUACGGCUCACGGACACGAUGGUGCCGAUAUACGGGUCUUGAUCUCGUCUCGCUGCCUCCCUCAGGGUCCUUCGGGUCCUCCCGGACUUCCGGGGCCAAAGGGUGAGGACGGGCCUCCUGGGCCUCCCGGACCUCCCGGAGACUCUGUGAAGGGUGAGCCUGGUGCUCCAGGAGCAGAGGGAGCCCCAGGACCGGCCGGGCCACCGGGAUCCAGGGGCCCCCCUGGAGAGAAGGGAGACCCAGGAGCAAAGGGGGAGAGCGGGACGGAUGGGAUCAGCAUCACCGGACCUCCGGGGCUCCCCGGACCACCAGGGCCAGUUGUAAAUCUUCUAGAUCUCCUUCUCAAUGACACAGCGGGAAUAUUAAAGUUCGGCGAGAUCCGGGGACCACCGGGACUUCCAGGUCCAGAGGGAGAACCUGGCCAAGCAGGAUUCCCGGGGCCCAGAGGACCGAAGGGGGAGCUCGGCUCGCCAGGUGUCCGGGGACCACCGGGCCUAAAGGGUGAGAAGGGGGAGUCUGGCGUCACCAUCGCUGCGGACGGAUCCCUCGUAUCGGGGACGAUCGGAGCUCGGGGGCCCAAAGGGAUCCAGGGUGACCGCGGCUUUCCCGGACCUCCAGGAAUUAUGGGGCCAGUCGGACCAGCUGGACCGAAAGGAGAGUACGGAUUCCCCGGUCGCCCAGGUCGACCCGGAAUUGCAGGAAGGAAGGGUGAGAAGGGGGACUCCGUGGCCCUUCCGGGUCCUCCUGGCCCCCCGGGACCCCCAGGACCCCCGGGAGCCCCUGGUCGAGUCACGGGCCUCGACGGAAGGGUCUUUCCGGUUCCUCCCAGACCUCACUGCAAAAGACCAGUGAAAACCAGCAAGGAUUUCCCACCAGAAGGUUCCCUCGAUCCAGCGGGCGCCAGGAGGAGAGCUGUGGCGGCCAAGGGAGACAAGGGGGAGGCGGGACUUCCCGGAGAACCCGGUCUUCCAGCUCCCCAUCUGCCGGACGACUUUGUGGGGGAAAAAGGGAGCCAAGGCUACAAAGGACAGAAGGGGCAGAAAGGGCAGAAGGGGGAGGCGGGAGCCCUGGGCCCACCUGGACCCCCGGGACGCUCUGGCCUGGUGGGACCCAAAGGCGAGUCCGUUGUUGGCCCCCCGGGGCCCCGCGGUAUGCCGGGGCAACCGGGACCACUUGGGUACGGACGGCCGGGACCGCGAGGCCCCCCUGGAGCUCCGGGGCCACCGGGGCCGCCUCCGAUGUUUGGCGCAGCCGUGUCGAUUCCCGGGCUCCCCGGGCCCCCCGGGCUCCCCGGACUCCCCGGACCCCCUGGGCACGCAAACCCGGUGACCGCGUUCCGAAGCUCGGAUGCCUUGCUGAGGGAGACGUACCGCACGGCCGAGGGAAGCGUGGCCUACGUAUCCGACAGGAGCGAGCUCUACGUCCGGGUGCGAGAAGGCUGGAGGAAGGUCCAGCUCGGAGAGCUCAUCGCCAUCCCGGCCGAUGGUCCGUCGUCCGCCUUCACCCAGGACUCGGGCCGACCGGGAGAGCGAAUCGGACCACGCAUCCGCAGCCAGGAGCUUCAGGAGCCGCCUGGUUACAGCAUCCUGCCAAACACGUACCACUCCGCUCCUGGGCUCCACCUCGUGGCCCUGAACACCCCGCUCUCGGGCGACAUGCGUGGGAUCCGUGGCGCCGAUUUCCAGUGCUACCAGCAGGCCCGCGCCAUGGGGCUCCUCUCGACGUACAGGGCCUUCCUCUCCUCUCAUCUGCAAGACCUGGCCACUGUUGUGAAGAAGGGCGAGCGCUUCAGCCUGCCCAUCGUCAACCUUAAGGGAGAGGUGCUCUUCAUCAACUGGAUGGCUAUCUUCUCCGGGGAUGGGGGCGCGUUUGAGCCCCGCGUCCCCAUCUACUCCUUCGACGGACGGAACGUGAUGACGGACCCAUCCUGGCCCCAGAAGAUGGUGUGGCACGGGUCCAGCGCGGCGGGGAUUCGCACGACGUCCGGCUACUGCGAAGCGUGGCGCGCCGGCGACGCGGCCGUGACGGGCCAAGCCUCGGCGCUGCAGAGCGGCCGGCUGCUGGGCCAACACACGCGCGGCUGCUCCAACCGCUUCGUGGUGCUGUGCGUCGAGAACAGCUACGUGGCGGAGCCUCGGCGCACCUGAGCGACCGCCGCCCCCAACCUCGGCGCGGCGCGGCGCUGCGGGACGUGUAAAUAUGUGUCGAUGGCUCCGCGAGGGCGCGGCGUAGCCCUCGCCUCGUUCGGCCGACGGAAGGAACGCCGAAGAACCGAUGCCUCGGCGAGCGAUCCGCGGUUCCUCUCAGCGCUGUCAGAGUAUCGCUCUUCUCCACCUGCGCUCUCAAAUCAUACUGCGGGUGCGAGCGGCAGGAAGAGGCGACGCUUCGGCGGGACGCCUCCUCUCCGAGCCGUGCGGUACGAGCGCCUCCUGUAGUUCGGCUCCGCAGCGCUCUCGAUUCUUUUAUCCAUUUUCACGCAAGAAAACACUUUAAUUGCUGCCUAAUUAACCCUUUAGGUGCAGUGCGUUGCCUCCAAAUACUUGUGUGUCACUUUGUAUCCUUGACAUCUUUUGUCUUUUACACAUUUCCCAGCAUUUUAGUUAUGGGCUACACAUCUUUCUGAGUAUUUAAAUAAAAUUCAGUGUUUUCAUUUGUACAGCAAAAGCACAUAAUGCAGAUGAAUAAUUAAUAGUGUUUUUAGGCUUUGGUUCAUUUGUUUCAAUAAGAUACGAGAACUGUUGUUCAGUGUGAAAUUACUAUAUUUCCUUCACAGUUAGUCUUUUUGUCCAUCUCUUUUUACUUAGAGUAACAGUUUGUCAGGUCUU